AUGUUAAGUAUUCCAAGCCAUCAGAAUCGGUUCAAAUUUUUUCUAUCGGAUUUUUGGUUCGUAGUGAUGUUCAUGUCCAGAGUUUUAGCUCCUCGACCGUACUUUAAGUUCUCAUCGUUAUUGAAAGAACCGUGGAAGUCGAUGCGAACAUUCGUGCCGUUCGAAAAACUAGCCAGUCAGUUCUUUCUAUCCAAAUUCGCUAAUCGCUCCUUGGUAACCGGUAGAGCUUCCAAACCACAUAGUUUAGCAAGAAACCCAAUCAAUAACACUCGCGGUUCAAGACCAGCUUCGAGAAACCCAUAUCUGAACAAAGUAACAGCUCGUGAACCGAAAACCUUCACGAUGAGCGUUGAAAAUACUACUAAGGAGCCUGCCAAAGCCACCUCGAAGCCUAUCGUUUGGGUCGACUGCGAAAUGACGGGUCUGGAUCAUACCAAAGACAAGAUCAUCGAGAUUUGCUGCAUUAUCACCGAUGGAGACCUUAAUGUUGUCGACGAAGAUGGCUACGAAAGUGUUGUGCACUGUGAUAAAAGCUUAUUGGACGGAAUGGACGAGUGGUGUGUUGAACACCACGGUUCCAGUGGUUUAACGGAAAAAGUUCUUCAGUCGACAAAGACCACCCAGCAGGUCGAAGACGAAUUGUUGGCGUACGUGCAAAGAUGGGUUCCAGCAGAACGCCGCGGAAUACUAGCAGGGAACACGGUCCACAUGGAUCGUCUGUUCAUGCUGCGAGAAUUCCCCAAAGUGGUCAAACAUUUGUUCUACCGGAUCAUCGAUGUGAGCACCAUCAUGGAAGUAUCGUUCCGGCACAAUCCCGAGUUGGCAAGCGUUUUUCCUCGCAAAAAGGGCGCGCAUACCGCCAAAGCCGAUAUUUUGGAAAGCAUUGAGCAGCUACGGUGGUACAGAAAACACUACCUGAAGGACAGUAGCGAGACAAGAGAUUUCGUCGCUCAACGGAGAGCGGAGCUCGAUGCUGAGAACAAGCCAGAGACACAGCAGGAAGAAAACAAGCAGAAUGAUACCGCAACAUCGCUAAGUUCUGUUCUGCAAGGUGUCAAGAAAUCCGCACAGCAGGCUCUCGGCUCGUUGAGGAGCGAAACCAGAGACAAGAACUCUACAGACGGCCAAAAUGAAGAAAACCCAGUCAAGAAACAGAGACUGGAUUGA